AUAAGACUGAAACAGUAGAGAGAAACCAUAAAGAUUAUUCUUGUCUGGUCUUUAAAAAGAACGAAUGUGAGUGCUUUUAAAUUUAUGAUGGUCUCUCAGAAUCUCUACAGCUAAAUUAGUCAAUCUGAAUCGGUUUCUGCGAUGGUAAAGCUCAAGCACGGCGCCCAUGAAUGUCUGCUGACCUCGCCGGAGAUCAUAGACAACGGCAUCUGCAACAUCUGCUUCAAGGACGAACCUAUAUAAUUCGCAUGUGUUCUUUGCAACUUCGAUCUCUGUAGAGCUUGCUCGAAACUACCACUCGAGGUGUCACAUGAUUUUCAUCCAGACCACCCUCUCGAGUUUUGUCUAGGCAAGAAAGACGGGAACGAGAGUUACAAGCUCUGCUCCGGGUGCGGGGAUUUGUUUUCUGAUCAGUCCCUUUAUUACAAGUGUAAAGACUGUGAGAUCUUCUUGGAUCUUGGUUGCGCCAUCCUGAACAACACCAAGACGAGUUGGUACGCGGAAGAAAAGCUCCAUUACAGUCAUGCGCACUUCCUUAGGAGGUGUAAACCAGGACCAGACGCUAGAGGCUCCUGCUUGAUGUGUGAGCUUCCUCUUACUCCUUCUGCUGUAUCCUACGGGUGUUCUCAAUGUUACUUGUUUGCUCACGAGCGAUGCCUUGACCUUCCUCGAGAGAUUCAACAUCCAGUGCAUCAGGCGCACCCUCUCACACGCCUUGAUUUCACACAUACUUGUGGUGGUGGAAAAGUCUGUGAUGCGUGCGGGCUCCAUGUCGAAGGUGCCCCGCUUAGUUGCCUAGAAUGCAGUUUUUAUCUUCACUUGAGGUGUGCAGAUUCCUUGUUGCGAGGUUUGAUGCACAAGUCUCACCAGCACAAGUUGUUUUAUCUAGGUAAUAAUGCUAAACUAAGAUUUAAAACCGGAUGUCGGGUGUGCAUGACUGACGAUGAUGGGUUCUAUGGGGACUACUUGUAUCAUUGCGUGGAGUGUGGUUGGAGGUCUUAUUUCAAGUGUCUUGAGAUACCCGAGUUAGUUGUCAACAAAUCUUAUCACAUUCAUCCAGUUAUGUGUAAAAUAUUCUUAUCCGAAGAUGACUCUUUGGAGUAUUGUGACGUUUGUGAGACAAUGGUACACGCAGGACAUCAUGUCUAUUGCUGCGAAGAAUGUGGUUUUUUAAGUCACAUUGAGUGCAUUCUACAUGAGGAAAUGCCUUCCCCGUUGUACUUGAAAGAUCUGUAUUCUCAUCAUGGUGAAAAACUUACAAGUCCACCAGCUGAUCACGAUGAUAAAUGUGAAACUAAGGAAUUAGAAAACAAACUCGUGGUUAUUGAUGUUACGCAUAAUCAUGUGCUGAGGUCUCGCUAUGUUACGGCGUCUCAGAAAGGAUGCUGGAUCUGUUAUAGGUAUAUACAUGGAAGAUUAUGGAAAUGCGAGACAUGUCGUUUCGAGGCACAUGAUAACUGCAUAAAGCUAAGUCAACAGUCGAGGUAUAGAUUCCAUUUGAAUCAUCCUUUGACACUUCUACCAAGUUAUCCUGCAGGGGUUACUAAUAUGAGAUGUGACACCUGCAAAGAAAAGAUAGAUUAUUUCAAUCUAUUCUGCCGCAUAUGUGAUUUCAUCAUUUGUACCAAAUGCGCGGUAAGCGUUAAAAUGCGUCUUGGAGAAUUACAAAGGGGGCAAAAGUUCAUUAGAUACGAAGAAGGAAAAUUUUGCUUGAAAGGAGGACAUGACUUGGUUCAAGUUAUGGUCUCAAGAUCAUAUAUGGUGGCUUGUACUCUUUGUGAUGACAGGCUGUGCAAUGGAAACAUAGUGUCAUGUCCUGACUGUGAAGAGAUUUAUCAUUCUCAGUGUAUUGAACUUUGGAGGCGAUACGGGGCACUAGAAAAUCAUCCACUUCAUUAUAAUCACAUUUUAUAUAUGAUCAAACGGAAAACUGGAUCCAAAUGCACUGCCUGCAAACCCGAUAUUGAUAUUUCAAAGUAUGUUUUCUUUUGUUCCACUUGCUCUCUCAGCUUCCAUUUUAAAUGCAUCCAAGCAGUGGGUAUAUCAACAAGGAUCAAGACCCACAAGCACUGUCUCUACAACUUUUUGAGCGAUGACUCCUCCCGCCCUUGCACUAUUUGCAAUAAACCAUGUGGUGCGUCCUUCUACGCCUGUGAUAUUUGUAACGUGUGCGCCCAUGAAGAAUGUAUUGGGUUUCCAACCUAUGUUAAGAACCAACGCCAUCAGCAUAUUGUUAACCUCAAGAAAAUUUAUGCCCCGAAAAUUUGUUCUAUCUGCGGAUUAGACACCAAGUUCUCUGGUCAUAAGUAUCAAUACACAUGUGAUGACUGUAAGGAUGUGUUUCACACCAACUGUAUUAUGUCCAUGGUUGAACGUGAGGCAGCAACAGAAGAGGAACAAAUUAGUGAUCUCUCGAAUAUGCUCAAGGAUAUGGAUGAGAGUGAUGAAGAAGACAGUGAUUCUUCUUAGUCAGUCAGUGGUACUGGUAUAGAAGCUAUGUAAAGCUGCAUCGGAAGAGGAACAACUUCAAAAAACCAUAUGCGAUGUAUCGUGUACCUUGUCAAAGAUGGUGAAUACGUUAGUGAUGUUUUGCCCUACUCUGAACCUUUUUUUUUUAUUGUUUUUCUUUGCAAUCCGUUUAGUUUGUAAACGUGGUCUGCUGUUGAAAUUCGGGUGGGUUUGGUUUGGUUUCGGUUCAUUUUGGUUAUUUAAGUUCUAAGAAAACUUUAACUUCAGUCAACCAAAAUUAGUUUGGCUUGUUCUGGUUUGUAUUCGAUUUGGUUUGAGUUUGGUUUGGUUUUU